AGAAAGAGAGAAGCCAAAGCAGAAGCAGAAGAAAGCAGCCAUUUUUAUGAGGUCUAAUUAGUCACAACCAAGUCAAUUAUUCUCACAUUCACUGUUUCUUCCUGACACCCAAUGGAUUAUGAUGAUCUUUAUCUCGGAAGAACAACAAGAAGAAGAAGAAGCCAUGUUCCUGCAUUUGGUGGAUGGGAGGAGUACUGUAAUGACGGCGGCAUGGUGGUGGUGGAGGAUCUUCCUUUUACUCAGUGUUUCGAGUCGGCCACGGCAACAAGGCUGCAUACGGGAGGUUUUUACCCUCUUUACUCAAAUAAUGAUGAGGAUCUCUACGAUCUCUACCAAAACGAUGUUGUUACGCCUGCCAUGAUUGUCGUCUCAUGCCCCCGGACUAGGGUAAUAAUUUCAAGAAAUGUGAUGAUAGAUCAAGUCUAUGAAAAACAUCAAUUAAAUGACAUAUAUAUGUUUCAGAAACAGGGGAAAGUACAAGUACAAGAAAAAGAUGAGAAGAAGGAGGUGGAGGUAGACGUGAAAGUAGUAGAGAGGCUAAAACAGAGGAAAAUGGACGGCGAGGAUCUCUACAAAAUCUCACCGGAGCUCAUCCACACCAAACGUAAAAGGAAAUGGAAAACGGCAAGAUUGUUCUCAUGUUUCCUGGUGCCCACUUGGUCAUGAAGAACAGAUUUUGAGUUGUCAUAAUUUCAUAGUAUGUAUAUUUAUUGCUAUGUUUGAUUGUUUGUUUGUUUGUGGACCGGUGAUGACUUUGAAUAGGGUAAUGAAGAGACAUGGUGUUAAUGCUACUCUUAAUGGAUGAGGCUUGACUUAUUGUUUGUUAUGUUUA